UUGUCAGGAAGUGGGCGUUCACUGUCGCAUUCAUUCGUUACGUAAAAGGUGAUAAACUUAGACUGAUUCACGUCGAUGUUGCAGUGAGCAGCUGAAGGACCACUGACCAUCAGAAAAGAAGCAUCAAAUAGCCUUAUUUCUGUAAAGCACAGGCAGGCUGUACGGAAAGAUGGCGGCUUCCUUGCUGAGGAUAGGACGAUUGGGUUGUGUCAAGUGUUUACAGGCUGAGAGCUGGAGCAUUCUGAGAAGAGCACCUGCAGCUGUAGCCCUCAGCACAAAAUCCGGGGGAUCCAAGAAGUCUACAAAAAAGAACAAUUUGGACAAAGACCAGGUUAAAACAUACUUCAAUGUAGAAAAACAUGUCCAGCACAAGUCAUAUGAGUUUCCCAAGAAAGGAGUUUCUACAGCAGCAGAAGCUGCAGCCACACCAGCUGCAGAGCCUACACCCUCUGCUGCUGCACCUGAGUCUGCUGCAACCACCCCUGUGGUAGAAGCUGCUGCCCCAGCAGCUGAAGCCACACCUAUGGUUGAAGCAGUCAUAGAAGCUCCACCCGUUGUUGAGGCUGUUGCUGAAGCUGUGGUUGAAGCUGUUGCGGAAGCUGCACCUAUAGUUGAGGCUGUCGCUGAAGCAGUUGCUGAAGCUGCACCAGUGGUUGAAGCUGUGGCUGAAGUGGUUGCUGAAGCUGCACCAGCGGUUGAAGCUGUGGCUGAAGUGGUUGCCGAAGCCGUACCAGUGGUUGAAGUUGUUGAUGAAGCUGCAGCAUCUGUAGUUGAAGCUGCUGCUCCAGCACCUGAAGCUCCUGUUGAAGCUGCUGCCCCUGCAGCUGAAACUGCUGCCCCAGUUGGUGAAGCUCCUGUUGAAGCUGCUGCAGCACCAGAAGCUGCAGCUGAAGCCCCUGCUGUUGAUGAUGCACCAGCCCCUGAAGCUGCUUUAGCAGAACCUUUUGUUGAGGCAGCCCCUGAAGCCACAGCUGCAGAGGCUGCAUCUGCUGCUGAAGUUCCUGUCGAAGCAGCCCCCGAAUCCCCUGCUGUAGAAGCUGCACCUGAAGUUGUCCCUGUAGAAGCUGCUGCAGAGCCUGUGGCUGAAGCUGCCCCAGAGCCUGCAGCUGCUGAAGCUGUCCCAGUAGAAGUGGCCCCAGAACCUGGAGCUGCCCCUGUAGAAGUUACUGCAGAGCCUGUAGAAGUUGAAGCUGAACCUGUAGAAGCUGCUGCAGAGCCUGUAGAAGCUGAAGCAACAGCUGAAGUUUUUGCCCCUGUGGAGAGCCCCGAGAAGCUGGUGUUCCCUGCUCCAGUUGUAGCUGCAGCUGCAGGAGAGGAGCUGCAGGCGGACGCCCCAGCUGAGCCAGUUGAACCGUUUGAGGCUCAAAUGGACCCAAUUCAGAAGCUCUUCUUGGACUCCAUACGCGAGUACUCCACAAAAAGCCAGGCUACUGGGGGGCUAGUCGAUGCAGGUUCAGAGUAUGAAAAGGCCUUGGCUGAGGAGGUAGCAAAACUUCAGAGACUCUAUGGUGGUGGAGACCUCACAUCUUUUCCAGAGUUCAAAUUCACAGAGCCAAAGUUUGAUGAAGUUUCCCAGAAGUGAACAUCAGCACUUUGUAAUUGAAUUUUUCUAAUGUCGCCUUUUUCCUGUACAUCUUUGUGUUGACAGACUGCUCAGUGUCAAGAGUUACAAAAAGCCAUUGCUUCUGGCUUUGUAUUUGAGAAUAAAGCUGUUUCAGUAGCUAUAUAUUUUAUGGGAAUGGGCCAGAAGCAUCAGAUGUACAUUUUUGGCAGACAAUGAACUCAGAGCUGUAAAAUAAGCUUUGUUUAGAUUGAUCCAUGGCUCAGCUGAAUGUGAAUAAAAACAAGAUAUUCCAGUUAA